AUGGAUCAGCUAGUAAUGAAGACUGAAAUUCAUCCAAAUGGAGAUAUUCUUCUAUAUUAUGUGGAUGAAAAUCAAGAAUUAGGUGAGACAUCAGGUAUCCUAGAAAAUGAACAGCAAGAAGAUAUCCAAAUGUUAUCUGAAACUAAGUAUGUGAUCGAAGACACUGGUGAAAGUGAAUCUGCAGAUGAAUUAGACUUAGCACAAGCUAGCGAACAAUUAGCAACUGAACCCUGGACAGAUGAUGAAAUCAGACGUCUUAUUGUAUUUUAUUUAGAUAAUAAGGAGACAUUUCAAAGUGGCACUACCAAGAAAAAACAUUUAUGGGCAGUCGCCUGCAAAACCAUGCUUCUAGGCAAACAACCCCUAUCUUGUGAGUAUAAGCUGCGAGUGUUUAGAGACAAAUACUUUGAAAUACACGCUGAAAGGCUCAAAGGGAACAACACACAAUGGCCCUUCUACAAUUUGUGCCAUCAAACAUUUCAAAAUGACAAUCCAGUUGACUCAUACUUAAAUAUCAAUUGUACCACAGAAAUCGCGCCUGAGAAUAUUAAGAAAGAGAAUGUGCCCGUUGUAAAAAAGAAUGUAGGAGACGCAAAUGUUGAGAAAAUGCUAAAUUUGUAUAUACAAUAUAAAAAUAUUUAUAUGGGCAAUGUCAAUUCUAAAGCUAUUUGGGAUAGAAUAGCUCGGGAUAUGAAAGAGAAUGAUGUCGACUAUUGGUACAAACGCUUUUUGAACUUUAAACAACAUUAUAUAAGAAUGUUGCAUAAGAGAGUAUUCAGUGGAGAAGAUAGCAUUAACUGGCCGUACAUGAAACACUUUGAUAAGAUAUUCAAAGAAAAUCAAGAAUUCCAACGGAAGUAUGCACCAGCUGUUAAUAAUACAGAGAUUCAAUCAUGGAAUGAUACAGACAGAACGUUUUUAGCCAAAUAUUAUUAUGACUGUCUCCAUGAGUUUCAAGAUCCGACUAUACCAAAUAUAUAUUUGUGGAGAGAAGUUGGCCGAUUACUCGAUAAAAAACCUGACAAUUGUGAAGAAAAGUUUAUGGAAAUGAAAAAUAAACACUUCGAUACACUGUCACAAGGUAACUAUGAUUUGAAUGAACGCAUACCGUUGCAAAUCAUUCUAGAUUAUAUAAUAUCCAAAGAGGUUAUAUUGGAGUUGGAAAAAUCUAGUAAAUAUGAACAUUUGGAAGACUGGAACACUGAACUGUUAGAUGUCUUUGUGCAAUUCAUCUAUGACAAUAUAAAUAUGGUUAAGGAUUCUGUUUGUUUUUACAUUUGUUUAGCAAUUGUUGCUAAAAAACUAAACAUAAGAGUUUCUCUUUGUUUGAAACAAUGGAAUAAUUUGGUAGCGGUAUAUAAAUCUAUUAUGUAUGAUAAAAAGGAAAAUCCAGAAAUCGAAGUUGAUUGGCGGUAUAUAGAUAUGUUCGAUACAAUAUUUGAUUAUGGUAUGGACACUAAGUUGUUGGAAGGCUAUGAAAAAGAGAGGGAACAGGUGGAACAGAUAUCUGAAAAAGUUGGAGUAAAGAAGAUAAACAUAAAAGAUUUAGAAGAUAACGAGUACAACAGCGAUGUUGCCACAUAUAACGAAAAAGGUUAUACCACCCGUGAAAAGCGUAAAAUAGGCGAAGAAAAGGCCGUAAAGAUAUUGGAGUAUUACCUUAAAAAUAAAGAUAAAUUCAAUUCGCCUAAUUAUAAAAAACUGACGCUCUGGGCCUCACUUGCUAAUCAAAUAAGAAUAACACCAACGGAAUGUGCACAUCGCUUCAGAAAUCUCAAACAAGUGUAUGUGUCAUAUGUCCAAAAGGAAAUGAAUAAACCAGAAAUGCCAAUAAUAUGGCCUUAUUAUGCACUUUGCAAAAAGGUAUUCGGCUACAGAGCUAUAAAAUCAAAACUUAGAAACAGCAAAGCCGAUUCAAGCGAUGCUGAGGACUGGUCUCCUCGUGAGAUAAAGAAACUGAUUAACUACGCAGUUGCUUCUAAAAUAAUCCUAGAGGUGGAAAUUAAAGAGAAAUGGAAGGAAAUUGCCGAAGAGUUAGGUCGAUCUGAGGUUAGCUGUUGUGAUAAGUUUUUGGAGUUAAGGAAAUCAUAUAGGAAAUUGAAAACGAUGAAAACUAAUAAUCCAGAUACGAAAGUCUCGUGGAAGUAUUUUAAUAUGUUGGACGACAUUUAUUCAAGUACUGUCGCAAAAGAAGAGAGUAUGGAUGUUGAUAGCAUUAAAACGGAGGUUCUAGAGGCUGAUGAAGACUAUGAAUGUAUAAUUGUGAUACCUGAAGGGCAAGAUAUAAAUAAUGCUCAAAUCAUAUACAAAACUGAAUUAGAAUCAAAUUUAAACACAGACACCAAAACAAAGAUAAUAUGGGAUAGAAAAUCGAAGAGUCACCUUUUAAAACUAUGCUUGAAAUACUUUAAAGAGCAUAGUAAUAAAGAUAUUGACUUCAAUGAAAUGUGGAUAUAUAUCUCUGUCGAAAUGAACAAACCAGCCAAGUCUUGCAGGCGCAUGUACUUGAUAUUGAAGAAAAGAUACCUAAGUGCUAAUGAUAAGAAAUAUGAAAAUCUCAUGAAGAAAAUCUUAACUCUCAGACGGACUCUAGGGCAUAGCCCUAAAGAUGGAGAAGAGAGAGUUCAAGAUGUCGAAAUGAGCCGAGAAAAAGUAGAAAAAGCUCUAAAUUACUAUUUACAAAACAUUGAAGAUUUCACCAAUCCGAACAUUGAAAAGCAAUAUAUAUGGACUGAGCUAGCUACCUCCAUUUCAGAGCCGGUGGACAAAGUUUAUAGAAAAUUUAAUUUCUUAAAACAGGAAUACGCAUCAAACAAAGAAACCGAUUUCCAAGAUAUAAUAAAAGAAAUAAUAUUAAGGGAAAAUUCUAUAGGAGAUAACUUCGAUCCCACUUCUGAUAAUUGUAUUUGGUCGGACAUAGAAGUCGAGAGGCUUUUAACUUGGUACUUGGCGCAUUUGGACAAAUUUAAGAAUUCAAAAUUUGUCCAGAGCUUUCUAUGGAUGGAGGCAUCUGAUAUAUUAAAGAAAAGCCCUUUGGAGUGCUCAAAGAAAAUGUUGGAAAUCAGAGCGCAAUAUAGAACUAUGCUGAAAGAAAACCCUGAUGAAUUGAAACAAUGGAGAUCUAAUUCUUCAUACCAAGAAAUGGAGUUUAAGGGCGAGACCAGUCUCUCCCUCCGCGACAUCUUGCCUGUUAAGGCGAAGUAUUACGACAAGAAUCGCGCUCCUAAGCUACUAGGGGAACCCACGAUAGUAUACUUCCACGUCACUGUGCUGUCACUAGAUUCUAUUAAUGAGGAGAGUAUGGUAAACACCUUGUAUUAUAAUUCUUCUACUUACGUAGCGGACAUCUUCCUGGCACAAUCAUGGCGCGACCCCCGGCUUCGUCUGCCGGAGAACAUGCACGAGGAGUACAGAAUCCUGGACGUUGAGUGGCUGAAUAAGAUAUGGCGUCCAGAUUGCUUCUUCAAAAACGCGAAGAAAGUCACCUUCCAUGAGAUGAGCAUACCAAAUCAUUAUCUUUGGUUGUAUCAUGAUAAGACGUUGCUGUAUAUGGCCAAGUUAACUCUAGUUCUCUCGUGUGCGAUGAAGUUUGAAUCGUAUCCUCAUGACACUCAAAGCUGUUCAAUGAUGAUUGAAAGUUUAUCACACACUGUCCAUGAUCUGGUGUUUAUUUGGAAUUUGACGGACCCGCUCGUCGUCAAUCCGGAUAUAGAAUUACCACAAUUGGAUAUUUCCAAUAACUACACUUCGGAUUGUACUAUAGAAUAUUCUACAGGAAAUUUCACCUGCUUGGCUGUAGUAUUUAACCUUCGACGUCGCCUCGGCUACCACCUCUUCCAUACAUACAUACCGUCGGCGCUGAUCGUCGUCAUGUCCUGGAUAUCUUUCUGGAUCAAACCAGAAGCUAUACCCGCGCGGGUCACUCUUGGUGUCACAUCACUUUUAACUUUGGCAACACAAAACACGCAGUCCCAACAGAGUCUGCCGCCAGUGUCCUACGUUAAGGCCAUCGAUGUGUGGAUGUCCUCUUGUUCUGUGUUCGUCUUUUUGUCUCUGUUCGAGUUCGCAGUUGUUAACAAUUACAUGGGCCCAGUCGCUACUAAAGCUAUGAAGGGGUAUUCGGAUGAAGAUCUAUCCAGAGAUCUGGACGCUUUUAAGCACAUAUUUCCCAACUCGGUGGACCCUCGCGCCAGUACAUCCGCCUCUCUCCCGCAAUACGACACCUUCUGCAACGGACGAGAAACAGCUGUAUACAUAGAUCGCUUUUCUAGAUUUUUCUUCCCUUUCUCUUUCUUUAUACUCAAUGUCGUUUAUUGGUCGACAUUUCUAUAA